CAUAAGUGUCUGUAUUACAUUCAUUCAGUUGCAAAGAGACUUUAAGUGAAAUUAGUCCAUUUGGAAUUGAUACGUAACGAUGAGUGAUUUCGUCAUAGCUACGACUUUCAGCGGUAAAGUUAAAGGUGUGAAGAAAGUAACCGGUUUUGGUGCCGAUUAUUUCAGUUUCCAACGAAUACCGUACGCAAAACCGCCGAUCAAUGAGCUUAGAUUCAGCGAUCCACAACCGAUAUGUCCGUGGACAGAGAUUGUGGAUGGAACUAUCCCAACUCCGUGCUGUAUUCAAAUCAGUAAAUUGACGAAAAAUGUCAUCGGUGACGAGGACUGUCUGUUUUUGAAUGUCUACACGAAAGAUCUGAAUCCGGAAAGGAAAACACCUGUGAUGAUUUUUAUCUAUGGAGGGGGAUUCAUGCAUGGAUCAUGCGGACCGGAAAUAUAUGGACCUGACUAUAUAUUACAAAAUAAUGUUGUUCUGGUGACUAUAAAUUAUCGUGUUGGAGUCUUGGGCUUCGCCAGCUUUACGGAUCCAUCUCUUGAGAUACCAGGAAAUGCUGGCCUAAGAGAUCAAUUAAUGGCAAUAAAAUGGAUAAACAAGAACAUUGAACACUUUGGUGGAGAUGCAGAUAAUAUAACAUUGUUCGGCCAAAGUGCUGGAGCUAAUUCGGUGCACUUUUUGAUGUUGUCGGAAAAUGCAAAGGGAUUAUUCAAAAGGGCUAUUGUAAUGUCUGGCACUGCAGUAACAUCAUCGGGUUUAAAAUCGAAAAAUAAUUACACUCUACGGUUGGCAGAAGUCUUGGGUUGGUCAGGAAAUGAUGGCCAAAAGGGUGCUUUGGAAUUUUUAAGACAACGAACCGCUAAAGAGUUAAUUAUGGCACAGCCUAAAUUAAUUACCGAAAAGGAACGUUCUGAAUUGAUAUUGUUCCCAUUCGGACCAGUGAUAGAGCCGUAUGCCACAGACAGGUCGAUCAUACCAAUAGAUCCAAUAAUAAUGAGCAAGACAGCCUGGAGCAAAGACUUAGAUAUGAUCAUUGGGGGAACAUCUGACGAGGGAUUAGUGAUUUAUAAAAGUUUAAAAUCUCGACCACAAAUCCUUCAGAAACCCGAUUUGUUGCGAGCUAUUCUGCCAACGGAUUUGGUUGAUAAUACGAAUGACGACCAGGCGAAAGAGAUCGCAUCCAAGUUAAAACAAUUUUAUAUGGGGAACGGCACAAUGUCGCUAAAUCGAUGUGACGGCUUCUUGAAGCUUAUGACCGACAAAUUGUAUUUACAUCGAAUAUACCGAACACUAACGCUGAGAAACGAAUGCGGAAGUGGUAAAACCUAUUUUUAUCGGUUCAGUGUCGAUUCACCAACCAAUAACCACUACAAAUUGUUCAUGUGCGGCAGGGAUAUAAAGGGAUGUUCCCAUGCUGACGAUAUUUCGUAUCUUUUCAAGAAUCAAAGCGGUAAGAUUCCACCCAGGUAUUCGAUGGAAUAUCGGGCGAUACAAACAUUGGUCGGCGCUUUCACUAAAUUUGCAUGCGAUGGCAAUCCGAACGAUUCGAGAAAUUCCACCGUAGUAUGGGAACCGGUCAAUGGCCUCGAAACACCAUACAAAUGCUUCAACAUAGUCGAAGAGGGAGUUUCAUUUGUGGAUUUUCCGGAAGAUGAUCGAAUGAAAUUUUGGGAUUCAUUGUACAACGAGAAGUGAUACAAACUAGAUAAUUGAAGACGACUGAAGAGGAUAUGUGGUUUUAUAGUAGAUCUUUCUAGCUAGUAAUCCCAUAUUAACAGUUUAGUUGAAGAAUGAAUAAAUCCUCGCAAUGAAUAACCAGAAA